AUGACCAACGGAAAUGUGACUGUUAUUCCUUGGGCUAUUACUGUGCAGCAGGGACCAGCUUUUGCUAUAUUCAACAACCACAUUACAGUACAACAAGAUGGUGUAUGGACAGUCUACAUGACAGCCAGAGCAGUUAUGGGGCAUGUGAUCACACACAGAACACUGGGUGCAGAAGGUAAGGGACAAAGUGUAACACUGUUGCACUGUCUGCAAGAAAUGCCAGAAGAUAACGCAGCAAACACCUGCUAUACUGGAAUAGCCAGGCUGGAUUGUCAAGAUGAACUGGAACUUCUUGUUCCAGAUCGCUCCAAAGUGGAGACUGCCAUGCACACUGAGUCCACCUUCUUUGGAGUCAUACAGCUAUUAUGA